CGGCCCCACAGCCCCAGCGCUUCGGUCACAUGAGGGUUUUCUCAUGCCGAGAGCUCUGGAUGCGCCAGGCUGCAAAGGGCUCCCAGGAGGGAGGAGGGGACGCCAGAGCCCGCUGUGCCCUGCCCUGCUGCGGCAGUGCCUGCGUGCCCCGGCUCUCCUGGGAGCAGCGCUGGGCUCGACCCUGAGCUCUCCCCGGCUCUGCCCCGGCUUUGCUCAGUGCCCUAGCUCUUGGGGCCCCCGUUUCCCUGAGUAUAGAGCAGAGCUGACAGCACUGAGGGUACUGCCCCGUCUCGGGCCAAGCCGUCUGUACAGCUCCGUUCGUUAGAUCUGGCUGCCGCGACCAGUGGAGAACAGCUUACGAAAUAAUUUCUCCUUUCCACUGCCAUUACCUCUGCAUUCCUCCCCGGCCCACCGUGGCAAUUUGCAUCUGUGUGGGCGAACGUCACGCUGCUUCGUGAGCUAAAUCUGGUAAAAUGGAAACUCUCUGCGGAACAAUCUGCUCCAUGCUUGUGGCUUUUGUCCUUUCGGUGUCUGGGAUGAGGGCUAGGGGCCAACGCACACAUCUCCUCUCCUCUGCCUUCCCAUGUCUCGAGGCCGACACCAGCUCCCUUGGCAGCUUUUGGCCGACAGGCUGACAGUGCCGGGGAUGCAGUUUGGGCAGGGUGAAGCCUGCUCUGUUGGGCCAGCAUGGGAGCAGGCCAGGGAUCUCUGAGAAAAGCUGCAGUUUCAAGGAGCUUCAGUUGAAUUCUCCAUUGCUUCCCACUCUGCAGGGACAGGCCGAAAGCUGGGGGUAACUCUCCUCUUCCUUGCGGUGUAAAUCCAGGCAUGCAGCAGUGGGAUGGCUGCAUCCGGCGGUGCACCACCAGGGCCCAACUUCCUGCCGGCUGAGCACGCCCCGGGUGCCGCGUGUCCCCCACGGCUCGCAAGGGCAGUGGGUGCUGGGUGCGCUGCAGCGUGGGGCCCUUUUGCGGGUGCCAUGUCUGGCUGGGAGCCGACCUGUUCUGGAGUGAAGGAGCUCAGCUGGCAGAGCCACGCUCCGGCCCGUGCUGCUCUCAGAGGGCGCGCGGACGAGCCGCCUGGGCAGAGCCACGCACGGUGUUUUCAGCUGUCCUACAGCUGGUGCGAGAAGCCUGUUCCUGUUCUCCCCUCUGUGCUUCGGCUGCGGUGGCCAGCGCUUGCCCGAGCUCCAGGUGCGCCUGGGGAACAUUGGCAAGCUUGCGCAAGGACGUACCCUGGCAAAAUACACCCCCGUCACCAGGGCCAGGAAGGAAAAAACCAAACAAGCCCAUGUGGGAGGAGCACGGAGACCGGUGAGGACACUUGUGGGUGAGAUGUGUCAUCACCAGCCAAGGGCUUAUAGGGGCCCCAGCAAGAGCAGGAACCUCUAUUACGGCUGGCGAAGGAGCAGAGGAGAGGUGCAGAGGUCCUAGCCUCUAGAUGAUGGACUCUUUAAGCACUCCCUUUCCUGCUAGCGAGGUCACGGAGUACAGACGAAGCAAUUCAUGCUGUCAGAUCCAAGAUGAGUUCCUGUCUGUGACACUCCCUGUGAUGUACUCCCUUAUCUUCGUCAUUGGCCUGGUUAGCAACACCCUUGCACUCUGGGUGUUCUCGUGCAGCGUGCAGCGGAAGACCUCCAUCACCGUGUACAUGAGGAACCUGGCUCUGUCCGACCUGUUGCUCUCCCUCUGCCUGCCCUUCCGCAUAGCUUAUCAAAACAAGAGUGAGCCCCGGAUCUUCUGCAACAUUGUCGGGGCCUUCUUCUAUCUCAACAUGUACGUCAGCAUCACGUUCCUCAGCCUGAUCAGCCUGGACCGCUAUCUGAAGAUCAUCCGGCCCCUCCAGAAGUUUAAGAUUCACACCAUGUCCUGUAGCACCAUGGCCUCUGGGGUGGUUUGGUUGGUGCAUUCAGCUUUCAUGCUACCUUUCUUUUUUGAGACAAAAGGAAAAGGGCCCUGUGACCAUAAAUGCUUCCACUUCAGGAGCAAAAGCACUGUGGCAGCAGCCUUUAACAUGGUUGCAGUAGCCACUUUCUUUAUCCUGCUACUGCUCUUCCUUUACUCCUACAGCAAGAUAUUUGCCAGGCUCCACAGAGUCUCUUCAGUGAAUGCUCAGCAGCUGAACAAGAGGACUAGCAUGAAAGCCAUCACCAAGACCUUCGUUGUCCUCAUCAUCUUCAUUGUAUGCUUCACCCCCUAUCACAUUGUCCGUAUUCCUUAUGUCCUCGCGCAAGUGGGGGUCAUUUCUAGUCUGCCCUGGAAGCAGGGUCUCCAUCUCGCUAAUGAGCUUGUGCUCUGCAUCUCAGCCCUCAACAGCUGCCUUGACCCAGUGAUCUUCUUUUCCCUGUCUAGCAGCUUCCGGAGGGCUGUGCUCUGCACCAUCCAGGGCAGGCUGAAGAGAGCUCUUCUAAGGAACCAGGGAGGACUGAGCUACAGCAGGUCUGUGACUGAAGUCUAGGCCUUCCAGUGGGUACCAAGGUCUCAGGCAUGGGAUGAUCUCGUCAAGGAUUUGCUCUGACUGCUGGUAUUUACCAAAUGAGACUUGCCAGGAAGACAGAGGAAGAAACUGGAACCAUUUCAUGUUUCCUCCACUGGCACCAUCAGGGCUAGUGCUACCCAUGGGGGUAAAUGAAGAACAAAAGAAUAGCUGAGGCCUUACUGUUUUCCAUGCCAGCUCUGCUCACACAGCUGAAGAGCUUAUUUCCUAGGAAGAAUGAAGGCUGGGUGUGCCACAGAAGAAACAGCCUUGGCCUAGGACCUCCACCCAGCGUAGGGAAGGGGAGGGACAGAGCCCAGGACAGAGAAAGGCUCCUUCGAUGGGAGGAGAAGUAGUGAGGAGCAGAACAGGAAUGGGAAUCUGCUGUGGAUCUUGUCUACCUCCACACUAUAGAAAGCAUGAAAUGGGAAAAGAAGAUGAAGUGCAGAAGAAUUGGGAAAGGGGGAGGGAAAAGCUCAUUGGGGCAUUACUGGGGAGCAGAAGAAUGUUUGGCUCCAUGAUGGAGUGCAGAGAUACGCAAUGCCGGGCUUGGAUAACAGGCAAGCAUUAUAACCCCUGUAACUUCAAACUAAAACAACAGGCACUUUUUUUCUCUUGUUUUUACCUCAGUCCCUGUAGCACAGCGUCAGCCUCACUUUUCUGUGUAUUCAAACAGGCAACUGUGGGCUGCUUUUAGCUGUUUUCCUUUGCCCAUUUCACUGGCAUGUUCACAUGGGACUGGCAGCUUCCUCGCCUGACCAUUGCACAGCACUUGUUUCUGGCUUGGACCGUGCCAGGAACAUUGCUCCAGCAAUGUUCAAUCUCAAGAAUGAGAUGCUGACUUUGAUGUCCCCAGCUCAAGCACCGUUACUAUGCACUGACUCAAAAGGAAGUUUUUGGCCUUUACUAUUCUUCAUUGCCCAUCCUCUUCCCAAAGAAGAGGAUAUUUCCCUGGUUGGGGUUUUUCCCCCCCUUUCAUAUGCUCACAUCUCAUCUGUUCACUUAUUUUUAGAAGACUGCAGGCUUGGAGAAACACAC